AUCAAAGCCAUCUUUCUCUCUAUUCCACUUGCGUGAAUUUGAAGCGACCGCUCAAACUCAGAUCGCUUACAAAUAAAUAAUAAUUUUUAUAUUGAGAAAAUUAGUUAGAUGGAUCCAGACGCAGUAGCCAAGGCGUUCGUCGAGCACUACUACACGACGUUCGAUGCGAACCGGGCCGGUCUAGCCAAUCUCUACCAGGACGGUUCAAUGUUGACCUUCGAGGGUCAAAAGAUCCAAGGCUCUCAGAGCAUCGUCGCUAAGCUCACCAGCCUUCCUUUCCAGCAGUGUCAGCACAGCAUCACCACCGUCGAUUGUCAGCCCUCCGGCGCUGGCGGCAUGCUGGUUUUCGUCAGUGGUACCCUCCAACUGGCCGGCGAGCAGCAUGCUCUCAAGUUCAGCCAGAGAACUGAGUUUUUCAUUUCGUAAAAAUUGGGGCUCAGGAUUGAAUCAGUGGAGUCGGGAUUUUAACAAUUCAAUUAGGUGUGAUUUUGUUGUUUAUAAUACUUACUGUUCAUUACAUUUUCUGGAAUUGCAUAUUCUGCUUUCAUUUUGAUCUAUAGUAAUUAAACUCGAGAAGGUUAAAUAAAUGUAAGAUAAUCAAAUUGGACGUCGAAAAUUGUCAUGACCACCUUUCAAAAAGAUGUCAGUAUUUGAACUUCGUGACUUCCUGGAUAUUCCUAUUCGCAAUUGGAAGAUAGGUUCGACUGAUUCUUUCUUUGCUAGUAUAAGUUUUCUGCUCGCCUGCAUAUGUUUUCUUGAACAUGAUUAAUUCGUUGUACUCUAUGAACCAUUAUCCGGGCAUAUAUCUCAAUGUUGUUUCUUGGGACUCUGCACGAUAUAAAAGAAACCCAUUAUGACAUCUCUUCUCCUCAUCACCUUGUGGUUAAAUUGUCUUGCUUUCGUAUUAGCAUGCAAGUUUCAUCUAUAUAAUGUUAAAGGGUUAAAUCAUCAUUUUUGAAACCCGAACUUGGCAAUUGUUCCCACAUCCAUGACAAUUGCUCCCAAAUUGAGCUGGGUUCUUGUUUUCUUUUUUCUUUCUUUUUUGUCUGAGUUAUUUCACCAUAUUUCCUUGAAAACUUUAAAGCUUAGCCUCCAACGGGAACAAUUGUCAAGUUGUUGGUCAAAUGAAUUGUCUAGUUCAAGUCAAGUUCUAAUAUGGGAACAGUGUUUAGUUCAAGUCGCAAUAUGAUAACAAUUAUCAUAUCAAGUUCAAGGAUUAACUUGGAAAAAGAUCAGUGCCAUUGGUUCUGAUAUUUUGGCACCGUAUUUUUAUUGCUUCUACUAACCGAGAUCUCAUUGCUCUUUUUAGAUGUUUCAUUUGAUGCCAACACCGCAGGGAAGC